AUGAGCACCUUAGCAGACCGGACAAAAAAGGUUACUGCGAAACAGAAACUUCAAAAGUCUAUUUACGCUCGUUCUUCCCGUUCCUCUCGUGCUUCUAAUUUAUCGCGUUCUUCUCAACGCUCGGAGCCCCUUCCCUCUCAUUUGCAGCCUCCUCCUCCUUCUCAGAUCUCUCAGCCUGCCAAGGCUGAGCGCAACAGCUCAAAAACUGGAAGAAUCUUGAACGCUGCGACGGACAUACAACAAUCUGUCCGGCCUAACAGCGUUGUAAUCAAAUCAAUGCUGGAAAGUGCUCAAGAGGCUUCUGACGGGUUAAAGAGUAGAAGAAACACGCAGGCUAAAGCUAAAGAAGAAGAUGACGAGAAUGAAAAUACCUUUCAAGUGGGGGCUUUGUACGUUAUUCCCAUGGGCGUUCAGUUAACCAGGAAUCGAAAUAAGCUGGCUCUUGACGAUCAAUGCUUUGCGCUCAAAGGAGGUUCUUCUGGCUUGAAAAUGAGUCCCCGGUUCUAUAACGAGCUGGUUCAAUCAGGCCUAGGUGCCCAAUCUCAAAGGUUUAACGACCCAAGCCUUACAUUCAAGAAGUCUAUGUCGUUUGACGAUAUUAUAACCCACCUUUGGCAGGCUCUUCCGUUACUCAUGGAACACUUGGACGACGACGACAAUUCUGUGACAGCCAAUCCUUUCCAUCCCACUAUCUAUAGAAACGAUGAACACAAGUUUCUGCCAAAUCUUCUAUUUUUUGUCAAGGAGGGGAGACGUCUGGAGCACGUCGGAAACCAACUUCUGUUCCCAAAUGGACGCGAUUUAUUCGAGCUUUGCUUCAAGAGUAAAAAGACUGGCCUUCAUGACAGGAUCCUCUUCUUGGCAACACUGGAGACUAUUCCGAUCUCCACUCAAAGGUUGUGGCGCACUGCUACAAUUUUUUCUCGGGAGCAAGCCAUAGAUCCGUUAGUAGCGCUCGAGAGAUUGAAAGCUCAAGAUGAGAUGGCUAAGAAAGAUAGGAAAGGGAAGGGAAAGGCUUUAUUCUUCCUAGCUUCUGACUCUGGAUCGUCAGAAUCUUCGAAUGAGUUGGAGCCUGAAUCACCUCCAGCUCUUUCAUCAACUCAAAAGCUCAAGAGAAAGCGUAGUUCAGUUGAUGAUGAGGCUUUGGAGGAAAGAAAUAGUAAAAGGCACAAAACUUCUCCAGCUAAGGAAUAUGUAGAGAUUUCCGACCUUGAUGAAAAUGAUGCCAAGGUUAGAUUCACAGACUCUGAGGAUCAAGAAGCAUCUUCAGAAGGAGGAAAGGAUCAAGACGAUCUGAAAGACUCUGGAGUUGAAGACAUAGGUAACAACAAAGAUGAUGACAGCCCAGGCUUUCAGAAAGUCGAAGUGAACCUCGAAAAUCAGUCUAGACAUUCCAUUUCUAGUUCUGGCUCCUCCUCUGGCUCCUCAACUGCCUCUUCAGAGCAAGAUGUUGCCAAGGACAAAGACGAUGAAGAUGACGAUGACGAUGAAGAGGAUAGCUGGGACAAUUGGACAUAG